CUAGGAUUAUAGGCGUGAGCCACCCAGCCUAGGAUUGUCUUUUGAACAUGAUUCCGGUCAGUUCGGUGGAGUUAGUGACUAGAGGAUGGAGGGAAUAUUAGGUGUUGGUGUGUGUAUAUAUAUAUAUUUCUAAAUGCAUUCUUAAACAUCAAUUUUGUUUUUAAGCUUUCUUCUUCAAGGUCUCUCUGUUAGCACACCUGAUGAGAGUUGACAGUGUGGUAAUUCUUUCCCUUGCAAUUACAACAUUUUUCACCUCUGCUGUAACUACCCUUUAUUUAUGCCUUUCCUUUUUGCCAUGGAGGGAAUACAUGUUGGGCUCCACAGUGGUCAUCAUCAACAGAUUGUCAAAGAACUAGACCAUGAAAAGCACUUCUUUCUGAAGUGAAUUAGGGCUAGGGAGUUUAGGAUAGCAGAGUUCGUUUUUCAUUUUCACAGGUGGACCACCUUAAUAAUAUGACAACACAUGAAGAAUUUUAAACCUCCUUUUGCUGGCUUUUCUUCCACAUCUUUUUGGAGGAGGCAGGGGCACAUGAAAAUUAAGAAAGUACUGAUAAUAUUGUAGUAAAGGCAACUUUACUUAUUCAGACCAGUGAUUUUAAGGUUAACCAACUUUCAUUAUCAUCACUAGGGUCUGAAUUCUCUAUUGUAAGGUAAAGACUUGUGAGGGUGGGAGUGAGGGUAAGGUCUGCUGAAAUUGCGUUUUUAUUUUAUGAGAUCAGAAGAUCCAUGUGGGGUGAGGGAAAGGGUAGGAGGAGAAAAGGAAAUAUGUUGAAAGAGGAAGAACUUUGUUCUUUAUUUCUUUAAGUGCUGGAUAAGAAUCCCCUUCCCCCUAACCUUCAGGAAGAGUAUCACAUUUUAUGCUCCAGGUGAAUCAGUAUUUCUAGUUUGUGGACCACAACUCUAAAAUUCUUAUCUUUCUGAAGACAUUUUUAUAUUUUAGGGUUUUAGGUGUUACCUAAGAAUUGUGAUAUCUCAUUAGGAAGUAUUUCCUUGGAUGGCUAGGGUGGGAGGCUAGGUAUGCUUGUGACUUUUUAUUUUCUACCACCAACUUGGCAGGGCAUUUUAUAUAGCCUAUUAAAUGUAUAAGAAUCAGUCCCAAUGCAUGGUCCUUAGUGUUCAUUCGGACCAACCUAAGACAGAAGCUUGUCUUCAGAGAGCUAAAAGAAAGCAGCCUUUUUGUUACCAGUUUAAAGCAAUACUGGCAUUUCAAAAGCCAAAAGGACUCAAGACAUUCUGUAGAGAAGUAUGCCCUGUUGUGGAAGACAGAUCUUCAGAGUUUCAUGCUUUAGGUUCUGUAUCCUUUUAGGUGAGUUACAGCUUUUAAAAUCAUGAAGUGACUAGUUAAACUCUGCUUAUAAUAGAUUGAUUUAUUACUGGGUUGUUUCUACUGUAGAAAAGUUAUUUUAAACAUGUCUAGGAAAUGUCCGGAUUAUAAAAGAGAAAAGGGGUAUCCAAACAGAAUUUUUUUAUUGCAUAACAUUGGUGUUAGAGUUAGUUUUUAAGUCUCUCAGAUUGAAUUAGCUUUUUUUUUUUAAAGCAGAUUAUCAGUGAGCCAAGAUAAUCUGUUGUUUACCCUCACCCAUUUGGAACCCAGGCAACUGAGUUAAUUGAAUCAGCAACAGGUAUGGAGGUAGUGACUAUGUAUAUCUUCAUUUUAGAGCCAAAUGCCAGUGAGUUUUAGAUUAUCUUUGUAAUAAUAUUGAAGACUUUAUUUUUCAUUUCCAUGAAUGUAUCCAAGAAACUUCAUUGCUGUUAAAAUUGGUCAGAAAGGGGGUUAACAUGCUCUUGUUUACUGAUUUAGUCAUUCUACUCUUGGAGUGAGAAGAAAGUCCAUGAAAACUCUUCAAAAAUUGUGUGAUGAAUUUUGUGAAUUAGUCACUUUUUAUAGCAGUCUUUUAUCUCUGCCUCUGCAGGACAUAGUUUCUAGGCCAGAAGCCCAAUUUCUCAAGUACCACCUUACCCCAGGAAUGUGUUAUGAUAUAGAUAAACUAAUGAACUGAGCCUGCCUUGAGUUUGCCAGUGAGGCAUUGGGGAGUGAUUCACAUGACAAAGAUGGCAUCUUAUCAAUGAAAUGUAUGUCUAAUGGAUUGGGCCAUUGCAAAAAUUUUUAUCGUUGUAUUUGAGAAGUUAGAUAUUUGCUUUUAUCCUCUGAGGAUUCUGUUUAAGGAGGUCUGGCCAAGUUCUAAUGUGAAGCAUCCAUGCUUGCCUCACAUGCCAUUUUUUUGUUUGUCUUUUCUUAGCCAACUGGAAAGCUACUGUAAGAUUCACCUCUAGUGGUAACCAGAAAAUAUAUUCCUCUAGUGUACUUUAAUCAUUGGCACAUUAUCAGGUAUUUUUUGUUAACCUUAGGUAGGACCCAGCCUUUGCCCUCUAACCUAAUGAGGAUAGGAGGGCACUUCUUGAUGUUUUAAGCCUCUUUUUAUUGUUUGAUUAGGAAGUUGUACCUUUGGAGCAUCAUCCUUUCAUCUCUCUGGUGUCUUUUCCAGCAAGAACUGGUAAUGAGAACUGAAUUCUAAUGUAAAGGCUGGCUACAGCAAACAUCAUUCAAGAUGUCCAGCAAAGGGAGCAGCACAGAUGGCAAAACAGACUUAGCUAAUGGAAGCCUGUCUAGCAGUCCAGAGGAGAUGUCUGGAGCUGAAGAGGGGAGGGAGACAUCCUCAGGCAUUGAAGUGGAGGCCUCAGACCUGAGUUUGAGCUUGACCGGGGAUGAUGGUGGCCCCAACCGCACCAGCACAGAAAGUCGAGGCACAGACACAGAGAGCUCAGGUGAAGACAAGGACUCGGACAGCAUGGAGGACACUGGCCAUUACUCCAUCAAUGAUGAAAACCGAGUCCAUGACCGCUCAGAGGAAGAGGAAGAGGAGGAGGAGGAGGAAGAAGAGCAGCCUCGGCGCCAUGUACAACGCAAGCGGGCCAACCGUGAUCAGGACUCAUCAGAUGAUGAGCGGGCCCUAGAGGACUGGGUGUCAUCGGAAACAUCAGCCCUGCCCCGACCUCGCUGGCAAGCCCUUCCUGCCCUUCGGGAGCGUGAGCUGGGUUCAAGUGCCCGCUUUGUAUAUGAGGCUUGUGGGGCAAGAGUCUUUGUGCAGCGUUUCCGCCUGCAGCAUGGGCUUGAGGGCCAUACUGGUUGUGUCAAUACCCUGCACUUUAACCAGCGCGGCACCUGGCUGGCCAGUGGCAGUGAUGACCUGAAGGUGGUGGUGUGGGAUUGGGUGCGGCGGCAGCCAGUACUGGACUUUGAGAGCGGCCACAAAAGUAAUGUCUUCCAGGCCAAGUUCCUUCCUAAUAGUGGCGAUUCUACUCUGGCUAUGUGUGCCCGUGAUGGGCAAGUUCGGGUAGCAGAACUAUCUGCCACACAGUGUUGCAAGAAUACAAAACGUGUGGCCCAGCACAAGGGAGCAUCCCAUAAGUUGGCCCUGGAACCAGACUCUCCCUGUACGUUCCUAUCUGCAGGUGAAGAUGCAGUUGUCUUCACCAUAGACUUGAGACAAGACCGCCCAGCUUCGAAACUGGUGGUGACAAAAGAAAAAGAGAAGAAGGUGGGGCUGUAUACAAUCUAUGUGAAUCCUGCCAAUACCCACCAGUUUGCAGUGGGUGGACGAGAUCAAUUCGUAAGGAUUUAUGACCAGAGGAAAAUUGAUGAGAAUGAGAACAAUGGAGUACUCAAGAAAUUCUGUCCUCAUCACCUGGUGAACAGUGAGUCCAAAGCAAACAUCACCUGUCUUGUGUACAGCCACGACGGCACAGAGCUCCUGGCCAGUUACAAUGAUGAAGACAUUUACCUCUUCAACUCCUCUCACAGUGAUGGGGCCCAGUAUAUUAAAAGAUAUAAGGGCCACAGAAAUAAUGCCACAGUAAAAGGCGUCAAUUUCUAUGGCCCCAAGAGUGAGUUUGUGGUGAGCGGUAGUGACUGCGGGCACAUCUUCCUCUGGGAGAAAUCAUCCUGCCAGAUCAUUCAGUUCAUGGAGGGGGACAAGGGAGGCGUGGUAAACUGUCUUGAGCCCCACCCUCACCUACCUGUACUGGCAACCAGUGGCUUAGACCAUGAUGUGAAGAUCUGGGCACCCACAGCUGAAGCCUCCACUGAGCUGACGGGGUUAAAAGAUGUAAUUAAGAAGAACAAGCGGGAGCGGGAUGAAGACAGCUUGCACCACACUGACCUGUUUGAUAGCCACAUGCUCUGGUUCCUCAUGCAUCACCUGAGACAGAGACGCCAUCACCGGCGCUGGCGAGAACCUGGGGUUGGGGCCACAGACGCGGACUCUGAUGAGUCUCCCAGCUCCUCAGACACAUCGGACGAGGAGGAGGGCCCCGACCGGGUGCAGUGCAUGCCAUCCUGAGGCCUCGUACCUAGGUGGGGCGGGCUGGGGCUACCAACCCGAUCCUGCCUGGGCAACCCUUUCCUCUCCCGGGCCCUUACAUUCAGCAGAAAUGCACUUUGGACUUUUUGCUUUAGAUAAAAGAAAGACAUCCCAGGAGAAGGACAAACCAGAAAGGAAUGAACCAACAGAGAAUACCUAGGAAUGGGAGUUGAGCCCUGAAAUGGGGUUCCAUGGAAAGGUGCAUAGGACUCAGCAGAAAUGGCCUCUACUCAAAGCCUCUUUUUGCGGGGGGAAGAGGAGAGCCUAUUUUGUUAACUGGUUUGGGAUAGGGUAUGGGGUUUCUUUUUCUUUAAUCUCCCUUGUUUCUUGGGCAGGGGGGUGGGGGGAACACCUGGCUAUUCAGUACCAAGGGGCCAGAGUGGGAAGUAGAAGUGCCACUCUGUCUUUGGUUUAGGUUUUGACCUUUUUUUCCUUUGUUUUUUUAAAAGUCUAUGACAGUUUCAUUGUUUCCCCCCUAACAACCCCAUCCCAGGAUCCAGUUUUUUCUGGGAAGUCCUUAGAGUCCCUAAACAUCCCACACUCUUCACUUUCCUUUCCACCUCAUUCAUUCUCUGUACUUAUCACAGUGUUUUGCACUUGAUUGUGUAUCCUUCACUCUCUUCUCUUCAUCCCAUCACCCCCUAAAUAAGUUAGGUGAGUGAGGUUGGGGAGAAGUGGGAGGAGGGGCAGAGGUGGAGAAAGAAUAGGAAGGAUGUUACCUCUUAUAUUAUUUAAAAAAAAAGUUGUUUGAUGGCAGCAAUCUCCCUGUCCCUAUCACUGUUAGAGGCCUAAUUUUAUAUCUAUAAAUAUAUUAAAAAGCAAGUCAAACUUGGAUGUAUCAAGGUAAAAUUGUCAAAGUUUAAAUACCUAUAUAUUCUCUAUGAAUGCAAUAAAGGGACUUAAAGGAAGAGCGAGCGAGAGUAAUGAUGUGGAGGUGACACCUGGGUCAGCUUACUCACUGUAUGGCCAUUAAUGAUUGGGGCUUAUCCCUGAGGUUUUAGGAGGCUCAAGAAUGGAAGGAUCCUCAGUUCUUCCCUUCCCCACUUCCCUGCCUUGGUGUGGGAUUUGGGAAAAACAGGAAAUUUCUCUCAACUCUUUGCCUCACAUCUCCUACCUCUCCUUAAAUCUUAUGGGGGUCCCCAGGAUGGUUCUUUUAACCUGAGGCUGGCCUGUCUUUAAAACUUGACUGAACUAUGACUUCAAGAAGGGUGCCGCCACUGCAGACUCUUUCUGGUACUGUUUAUGACAGAAGACACACACAUACACACACAGAGUCUCUUACCUUUAGCUGCUUUGAUUCUUUAAGCCAUCCAACUCCACGCCAGCUCCCUUCCUAAUGGAAGAGUGAAGGGAAAGACUUCCUGGGUUUGACUUUAUACCAUAUUAUCUUGGUAUUGAGGAACAAGUCAGUAAUCUAAGGAUUGAUUACGGUGGCUGGAAUUUGGGCACUUGUCCUAUCACUGGUCACUGAGUAUGAAAGUCCCAGUUGAAUUCUUGCCCUUAAAUGCUUUUGCUGCUAUUUUUUUUGCCCACAGUUCCCAUAAGAUCCAAUCAGUAAUUCUGCAUCCUGGGACAGUUGGUUUCUACUAAACCAGGCCAGGAAGGAGGGGAAAAAAGAGGAUGGUAUUCUCAGACACUCCUUCCUCCUGCCCCUUUUCCUAGCAGCUCUCAGACCUGUGGUUAGCUGCUGCACUUCCUCCCUGAGGUAGAGAAUGUGUGGUGACUGAGUGGUCUGUGUUCCUAUUGCUAGUGGGGUGAUGGGGUGGGUUGAAAACCAUGCACUCUGGAAUUUGUUGUAUUUUCUCUCAGUAAAGCUUUUUUUUUUUUUCCUGA